CACAAUUUACUCAUUACGCAAUCCGACAGUUCUUUUCAUAAAAAAUAGUUGUUACCUACUACUUUGAAUUACCUUUUUUGUUUUCAAGUUAAAAAUGAUGAAUGCUCGAGAUGCGGUCAGGAUAUGCAUACUUAUGAUUACAUUAAUUUCAUCAAACAUUCGUUCUGUAACAAGCGUGCAACCAAUUGAUGCCCCUGGCGCCACUAUAGUGACGUCAUCGACACAAGAUUCUCAAAUGACGUCAGAGACGCAAGUCUUUAACAGUCGUUCAAACGUCACUGAUCACCACAGAAGCAUCAAAUAACUCAUCAACGAGUUUAACACCAAGCUAUUUCACCAAAUGUUCAAAACGCGACAAACGCCUCCAUCAUGGAAACUGCCACACUUAAAUUGGCGUCAUCAUCAACUGUCACGUCACAGCAGUUUGUUAGCAAGGACGCUAGCACAACGCUUACGAAAACAAUCACAGCAACAUACGAUUUCUACAACCGAAGGAUCAACGACGUUUUCGUCUUCAAAUCAAAUGCCAGGUGUAUCCCUUUCCGUGACAUCGUCGGAUUCUUUGAAGAUGGUUUCAUUGAAUACAACUUCAGCAGCGUUUAAUACGUCAGAUGUGCCAAUGCCAAUGACAACAUUCUCAAGUAAUGCAAUGUCUGGCUCUCCCUCAACAUCAGCCUUUACAAAAAUAUCAACAGAAACAACUGCGACAUCAAACGCUACAACAACAACAACACCCAACGUCAUAACAGAAACGUCACCAAAACCAAAUACAAUAACGACAAUAACACGGGUCACCCACUUAACUAAUUCUAGUGGGAACUCCGAUAAAGAGGGAAUGACACCGAUUCCGUGCGAAGAAUCAUCGCUCGGAAGACUCGGACUUCCGGUGAUUUUCGCUAUGGCGACGGUCAUUGCUAUACUUUUACUAAUCGUUGUCAUCCUCAUCACCAAACAACUUCGUACAAGUCGUAGACGACGACGGAUGAAUGAUGAUAGAGACAUGCCGAGGCUAAAAAUGAUAGAGAUCAAGGACGCGGACACGGUGCGCGCGAAUCAAGUUCACGAGGACAUGCAUACGUACUCGCUGGACUACGACCGCCACGUGCAGGAAAAGAUACAGGAGCACAGGCGCAGCGUCCAACAUCCCGCGGCGAGUAAGCCAGCCGUUGGAGGGACCACUACAUUUCAGCUGAACAAAAGACCAAGCCUUAAGCCGACGGUCGACGUCUCGUCAUCGACUACCGUUCAGCCGCCGAAGAGCGCUGUCCCAGUGCCCCCGCUAAGUGCAACAAGCACUUUCCAGUUGGCAAAGAGGCUGAGCGCGCGCGGAUCCUCGACGUCGUCAACUUCCGGUCAGCCGCCGCCGCCCCCGAGUCCGCUGCUGCUUCCCGGGGAGACGAGGCAUGCGCGCGACACCGAUAAGGCUAACACCGAUGACGACGUGUUUGUUUUCAAUUUAGCUAAACGUCCCAGCGAAAGUCUUACUAACCGAAGGGAGAGUACUCGGCCAGAAACGGAACCAAAGAAAGGCAACUCUGCGGUAACAAAUCAGGAAGGCUAUGGAAUAGACAAAUACAUUACGGACGUGUGACGAGAAUGCACGCAUUAAGGGAAACAGAGUCUGCAUUAGGUCCAUCCAAUUCAGUUUUUUUUAUUAAUUUUAUUUAACUUUCUCUGUUUAUCAUGAUCCAUUCGACAUGUUCUUGCCUAUUGACUAUUGUUUAUUGAGCCUUGUUCUGUGAAAACUUGGCUUAAUGCAUGUGCAUAAAGUGUCAUCGAAGAUUAGCCCGUGAAUGCGCAUAGGCUGAUCAAGGACUACACAUUCUGCUUUAAUGGAUGUUUUCCUUUAAAGGCGGUCUCUUCUGAUUAAACAGCCAGUCUUGGUGGAAAGUGUGGUCGCAUAUAAGCCUGUGAGAACUGCACAAGCUAAUCUGGGACGCCACUUUGCGCACAUGAAUUACAGAACGAGGCUUAUUCAGAGGAGGUAAUCACGUGAUAGUCAAGAUGGCGACGCCCAUGCCGAGACAUGUAUUUUUCGCCGUUUUAUAACCAUUAUUACUUGUCUUUAAUUUUUAAAUGACAUUCACAUACCAGAUAGACCGAAUAUUAAUACGUAAUAAACGCUAGUAACUUUCUUGCUGAUAUGGCUGGAAAGUGAGCGGCAUUUUAAACAAUUAAAACAUAAAAUAACGGGUAUAAAACGGCGAAAAAUACCUGUCUCGGCAUGGACGUCACUAUCUGCUCACCCAGGCGGCCAGGGUCCAGUUCCCAGCAGCAAGCUAGUUUGGUUGGUGGUCACCAUACCGGAAAGGUGGGGUUUCCUCCUGGUACUCCGGCUUCACCUAAACAACACAAUACCACACCGCAAUCAACCCAUUUAUGCAUAGCGUCUAGAAAAAAGGCCUUGGCAAACAGCGUAGACCCAUGUGGCGUCUAAUCAGGGUCUGCGCUGUUUGCUUAAAGGAAUUUCUGUAAGAAAUAUUCUAAAUAUAGAAAUAAAUAUACCAUACAUCCCUAAUUUUGGAAAUAAAUUGAUCCAAUUUAGAAGGAUGGGAGAGUCCACUAGGCAUAAAUGGGUUAAAACAAUCUUUCAGUAACCAUGAAUUAGCUGGAAAUUGCAGCUAUACUACAAAAUUCGACAAAACUUUCGUGGGUCUAGUAAUUUCAUUUACGUACGAGUGCUGGGGCACACAUCGGGUCCACACAUAAUGUAGCCACUGGCUUGGAAAAGCUCUCAUAAACUUCGAAAAACACACGAGCUUAACAUAAGGACAUGAUCUUUAAACCGGUGUAGCCUUCGGGGGCUUGAGCCCACAUUCGGGGAUGGAGCAACAUUCCAUAAGCGUUGAACCGAUUUAUCAGUUCUCGAUCAGAUAAAUGCGCCAAUCUGUCAUCAGAGCAAUCGGUUGACAUUAUUAAACUGGGCCACCAGGAAUGCAUACACAUUUUGUGCAAGUUCGAUAGAGAUUCACUGUUUGAUGAUAUUAAGUCCAAGUAAUUAUUUAUAGAUUUUGACAUUUCGUGAUUUUAAAUGAUAGAGUCAUAUUGCUCGUUUAAUAAAAAUUCAUUGAACAGUGGAUCAAUUCGAAUAACAGUUUUAGUAGAUAUUAAAAUAUGAAUUAUUUGUUGAUUUUUCAAAAUUUUACAACAUUUGUUAAAAAAGAUAAGCCCUAUGAAAAAUAUGAGUUGUAAUAGAAGCGACAUUAAGUGUAGUGGUGGCGAUAAAGAUAAGUAACUGCUAUAUACUAUGCGCCUGUGCAUGCUUUGUAAAAGUGUAUGUUCAUACUGUAAUGAAUACAACAAUCUAAUACUGAAACGCUAUGAGUAAUAUUGUUCAGUAUUAUCUACAUUGGUAUUGGUUUGUCGAAAGGUAUAAACAUAUUUGUUUCAUGACUUACCUAAAAAUUAAGUAAGGUCUAUUUCCAAAAUGUAUACAACUUUCUUUGUGAACAUAAACCAUUGUUUUAAAUUACAAAAAUGUUUGCCGCUGUAAAUUAUAAAUUGUGUUUAGUUAUAUUGUGCAUUUAUUUAUUCGCUGCGUAUCAAUCACCAUAAAUCUAGGUCACACUUGAUCUUAGUCACUGACGCCAAAAAUUGCCUCAAGAUAUAUUUAAUUGUUUGAACAGGUCGGUAUGAGGUCAACAUUUUCUAAGGCGAUACAGAUCUUUGCCAGGUAUGAUCUUUUUAGUAGUCUUAUUAUGAAGCCUCGUUCUGGCUAAUAAUGAACGACGCUUUCCGCCUGAACUGGAUGUUCGUUUAGAAUAGACUACCUUAAAGGGGCCGUCCAACAGAUUUUGGCAUGUAUUAAAGCUUGUCAGUAACUGCUUUAAAUGCUUUAUAUUGAUAAAUUUAAACAUUUGAACUAAAAAUCUCCAGUAAAAAAUAAUAAUACAAUUUAAAAAAAAGAAGAAAAAACGUUAACCUCCACAGGGCUCGAACCACUGACCCCUGGAGUCAUGGAAGCUUGGAGUAAAAUGUCUCCCGACUUUACCACUCGAUCAUCCACGCUCACGUCAUAAGCGGAGGCAUUUUUCAGCUAUAUAAGCAAUCCUCGUAGUUUCCCAAAAUAUCGAUUCGCGUUGAACGACGCUUUAAUCUGUUGGACAGUCCCUUUAAAUUAAGAAGGAUUCUAUUAAAGAUGAAAGUGUCGUCCUUGAUUAGCCAUAAUCCGCGAGUCUAACCGGAACACGUCGCAACCCUGCAUCCAUAUUUGAGGUAAAAACAUUUAUUUUGAUGAUACCAUUGUAGUCUAUACAGAAACGAACAAAACAUGUAAUUAUUACGUGUUUCGAUUGGAUAUUCCAUUUUACUUUUUAUCACGUGUCAUUUCAUUGGUCAAUUUUUAUUAUUAUCAUAUUACACAAUGUACAGAACCUUCAAUCGUUUUGUUGAUCAUGUUUCCUCAUUGAUAGACAUUAGCCUUGUUCUAGGAAAACGGGGCUUAAUGCAUUUGCGUUAAGUGCCGCCCCAGACUAGCCUUUGCUACCCGUAUAGAUUACUCUUAGACGACACUUUCCGCCUAGACUGCAUUGUUGCUUAGAAGAUACUUCAUUUAGAAGAAAUAUUCAAUAAACACAGAAAGUGUUUUCUCUCUGAUUAGGCUGUUUGCAAUGAAUAGGCUCAUCUGGGACAACACUUUACGCACAUUAAGAUCCGCUUUUCCAAGAGCAAGGUGCAAAUAUACUUGAUGCAUGUUCAUGUUUUACCAGUUCCGUUGGCAUAAUAUGGUAAGCGUUUUACAGAAAAUUAUACGAAAUAUACAAUACGAAGACUAUUGUGUUAUGAUUCAUAUAAAAGAAAACAACCCAAGACAAAAUACGCUUGAGUUCUCAUCACGGCUGACAAAAAUCAAACAAAUUAUGUGUUAAUAUAAACUGUGUCAUUCAUGUGUUUUUUUAAACUGUGCCAGUUAUGUGUAACAAUUUACUGUCCCAAUUUAUUUGCUAUCUUUAGAUGUGCCAAUGUUAGUGCUACUAUUGACUGUACCAGUGUAUGUGUUUGUCUUAACUAAGCACAAUUAGUGUUACUCGUAACUGUGCCAAAUAAUCGAUUUUAAGUCAAAACCAAUCUGUGAGUUACUCUUAGCUGUACCAAAUUAUCGAUUUAAAAAAAACACUAAAUGAUGUUUUACUAAAAAGUGUAGCAGAUUUUCGAUUGUUCGUGUAACCAAUUGAUGUGUUUCUAAUAAAUAUAUAUAAUA